AUGACGCCCAGUUCGCUAGCCGACGAAAGCGUAAAGGAAGAAGGCAUCGAUAUAUCAGCGCUAAGUAUGAAAGUCGGAUGGGAUGGCGAGAGCUGGGCGACCCAACUCCUCUACGACAACAUCUCGCUCAUCGAAAGUCGAGAAUACAACACCACAAGAAAGGCCGGCUACGCUCUAAGUUUCCACUGGUUUUGCGAAGAGGCGAGAUUCUUAAGCUGUGAGUUCCACGCUCGUGAACAACUCGCGAUGGUGGCGCCGAGCGAUGCGGUCGAUGCGGAGCCAAGGGAGGUGGAAGGUCGCCAGACGCGUGCGAAGAGUGCGGGAAAGAAGGAGCGUCGCGUCGUCAAGUUGAGUAUAAGGUAUAAGAUGGUGCGCGGCAAGCCGAAGCUUACGAAGAAGGCGAGUUAA